AUGUCCACUGCCAACGAAGGCGACCCCAUUAUCAUCGACGACGGCAAGGUCAAAGCCGACAACUGUACGACCGCCUACCGCCACAAGUCCGACAGGAGCGUCGACACAUCCAUGAACAACGACGAGGAGUCAUUCGCCGACGACGAAGAAUGGACCGAGGGUGAUUUCACGCUCAUCAGCUCCGACAAUGUCCGCUUUCAAGUUCCCUCGUACUACCUCUUCGCGGCAAGUCCCGUCUUUCGCAACGCGGGCGAAGUGAGCAACCCCGGGACCAAGUUUGUAGCCUUCACCGACAGGUCUUGUGAGAGCGCUGUCACGCUUCGUGACUUUCUCUACCUCGUUAAAACCGGCAUGAUACCAGUUGCGUGGGACGAGCCCCCCGACGACAAUGCCGAAUUCAUUGAGCGCAUCGCCGGAAUCGUCUUGUUCCUCAGGAAGUAUGAGUGUGACGCGAUACUCCAUAUCCUCAAGCUUGGCUUCAAUGAGGACUUCAUGAUGAGCGGUUACUUUUCGACCGAGGGCAUCAUCCUUGGCGCCAAUGCCGAUGACGUCGAGUAUUGCGUCAAGGCCAUCAAUGCCUCCGAAUGGACGGAGGAGCUCAUGGACCCCGACGCCGACAAGGACCCCAUUUUCCUUAACCGUAGUGGAUCCUUCGAACUCCUGCCGUGCAACAUGUCCUUCACGGCCAUCCAGCACAUCCCUGUCGAGUAUUACUGGGCUCUGUCGCGUUCGUGGAAAGGUAACAAGGACGCAUGGCCAGAUGAGUUCCGCAGGCUUGUGAAGAUGGCCAGGAGGCGCCGCCAAGUGUUUGCCGCUGGCCACAUAGAAGCCGCAUCCUCCAAAGGCCUCUAUCUCACCGACAAUACCUGUGAAGAGGCUGCGACUAUCCGCGAGUUCCUCUCCAUCAUCACGACAGGCGACUUGGCGGGCGACUGGCUCGAGGCGGGCGCCGAUGAAGAGCUGCUGUGUCAGCACAUCGCAGCCCUCACCGCAUUCCUCAAGAAGUACAAGUGCGAACAGGCGGUCCGUGGUCUCCAGAGAGCCUUCUCCACCCGGUACUCGAGGCAGCGCAGGCUUCCGCUGGCAGGGCUCGUGCUCGGCGCACUCACCGACGACCUCGACCUGUGCACCGAAGCCAUGUCCAUUGCCCGAGACGAGAGCGACAUGGACCCGGAGGCGAACUUCCUGCUGCCCGCCAACAUGAGCCUCAAGGUGCACUUGCUCAUCCCGAACGGGUACCUCUGGGCGCUUGCGACCUCGUGGACGGGUGAUUGGGACGACUGGCCGCUUCAAUUUAGGCAGGCUGCGGACAAGGUAAGCAGCGGCGGCGCUUCACGCAACCUGACGCUCCCGAAACAGAUCAAGGGUUCGGCACCUGAGCCCAAGUUGAACCCCGUGAAGCGACAGCGCCGGCCCUUGAACACCAACCCGGGCACCAACCCCGACACCAGCCUCGACAUUAACCUCGACACCCAACCUGACACGAACACGGACACCAACACAGACAUCAAUACGGACAUGGAUGUGUCCAUGUAG